AUGCUCGGAAUCUCCUCAAUUAUUGCGACGGUUAUCGCGUUUCAAUUUGUCGAUCUUGUCAAUGACCAUGGGCGCGAUAUGGGUGUCCGUGCCGAGUACGGACCCCAAUUUUUGGGAAUGACUUGGGCCGCCACAGGGUUGAUGUUGACGGGAGGCAUCACCAGUUUAUUGACGGUGCUGGUCGACCGGAGCCGAGCAGAGACAGGCACCCUUGCAGGUGACUGUGAUGAUCAAGCCAAGUCCCUCAUGCACUCGGACUAUGAAUCGGUCAAAUCCAGUGCGGAACCAUCUCCCGGGGUGGAGACAGAAAAGGAGGGAAAGCAGUGA